CUGUCUCAUUUAAUUGCAGAGCUGCGCAGUCUGCCACCUCGUAGUGGAAUGCUGCAGCCCUUGCGCAGCGCAGACUGGCGCAGGCUGCGCAUCCUGCAUACACACGUCGCUGUCCCUUUAAGCGGAGACCUGCGCACUGCACAUGCUCAGCAGCAGCAGCGACAGCGAAGCCGCGGAUCGGCCGCUUCGGGAUGGACUGAAAAGCCGAGAAGCCCGAGCGAAACGCGGAGAGAAGCGACUGUCGACGGAUGGGCUGCGGACACCGAGCGGGCCGAGCGGUUGGUCAGGCUCGCUGUCUCCGGGGCAGCUGCGGUCCCCCUCUGACCUUCUCCCAAACGGAUCUCCUGCCGCCCGAGCAGCUUGCGAUCGCAAAUCCGCAGUCGCCGAGGCUGCUCAUAUCAAAAUAAAAUUAUUUAUUAAUCAGGAAUAACUAUUUGGGGAUUUAAAAUGGCUGCUGGAGCGCAUCUGCUGGGGCCGUGAGAGCGGAUCGGAGAAUCGGUGGAGCGGCGCCGGGGCUUCGGAACUCACGCCGCGAACAAUGCGUCUUUGCGCAGGCAGCCCCCGCCGCUGAAUCGGUCCGGGCAGACCCCCGGCCGCACAUUUCAGUCCCUUUUUUGUCGCUGUUUUCCGCAGGAUUCAUUUGGAAGAAAAGAGACGAUUAAUUUAGUCCAUCUGCGGGAAUCUGGGGGAAAAAACCAAAAACUUCCACUUGGUUUUUCCCUGGUUACUUUAAUGGCGGACAAGGAGGCAACUGUAACCAUUAAAGGAAACUAUUAUUGCACGGAUACUUCAUUAGGAUGAACUGUGUAUAUGAUUAAAAUCCGAAGAGCUGGACGCCUGUAACACGCAGAGGAGACUGGGCCGUAGCAACGCUGUUGUGGGUAAAAUGGGCCGCACGCCAGAGGGGGGCGCUCUGCUCCCCAAACGCAGGCGGCUCCGGGACGCUGGCCGCUGCCUGCUAUUCUACAUGGUGCUCUACCUGCUGGUCCACGCCGAGGGCUCCCUGCCCAAAGCCUGUGAGAAGAGCUGCUACUCCGGACGAUGUGUGAACGGGACAUGCGUCUGCGACCAGGGCUGGGUUGGGGAGCAGUGCCAGCACUGCCAGGGGCGCUUCAAGUUAACAGAACCAUCGGGGUCCCUCACAGAUGGACCCAUCAACUACAAGUACAAGACAAAAUGCACCUGGCUCAUCGAAGGAUACCCAAACACUGUCCUGAGGCUGCGAUUUAACCAUUUUGCAACGGAAUGCAGCUGGGACCACAUGUAUGUCUACGAUGGAGACUCUGUGUAUGCCCCUCUGAUCGCUGUUUUCAGCGGCCUCAUUGUCCCAGAGGUUCGAGGGAAUGAGACCGUGCCAGAGGUGGUCACCAUGUCUGGGUACGCGCUCCUGCACUUCUUCAGUGACGCGGCAUACAACCUCACGGGUUUCAACAUCUUCUACUCAAUCAACUCGUGCCCUAACAACUGCUCGGGCCACGGAAAGUGCUCCACAGGCAACUCCAUCGCCAGCCGUGUGUACUGCGAGUGUGAUGACUACUGGAAAGGCGAGGCCUGCGACAUCCCCUAUUGCAGGAGCAACUGCGGCAGCCCUGACCACGGCUACUGCGACCUCACUGGCGAGAAGCUGUGCGUCUGCAAUGACUCCUGGCAAGGCCCAGACUGCUCCCUGAUGGUUCCAUCCACAGAGUCCUAUUGGUUUCUGCCCAACGUGAAGCCCUUCAGCCCAUCUGUGGGCCGGGCCUCCCACAAGGCUGUGGUGCAGGGCCACCUCAUGUGGGUCAUCGGAGGCUACAGCUUCAACUACAGCUCCUUCCAGAUGGUGCUGAACUACAACCUAGAGAGCAGCAUCUGGAACGUGGUACCCAUGCACACCGCGCCCCUGCAGAGAUAUGGCCACUCGCUCGCCCUCCACCAGGAUGACAUCUACAUGUUCGGUGGGAAGAUUGAGGCACGAGGGGGCAACGUGACUGAUGAACUGUGGGUGCUGAACAUCCCGAGCCACACCUGGUCUCUGCGGACACCAAACGUGCUCGUGCAUGGCCAGCAGUAUGCCGUGGAGGGACACUCAGCCCAUGUGGUCGAGCUGGACAAUGGCGAUGUGCUAAUGGUGGUCUUCUUCGGCUACUCCUCCAUCUACAGCUACAUCAGCAACGUCCAGGAGUACAACCUGCGGACAAACACCUGGGUGGUACCUGAGACACAGGGCGCACUGGUGCAGGGCGGCUACGGGCACAGCAGCGUAUACGACGCCAUAAGCAAGUGUGUGUACGUGCACGGUGGCUACAAAGCGCUUCCUGCCAACAAGUACGGCCUGGUGGACGACCUGUACCGCUACGAGGUCCGCACGCGCACCUGGACCAUACUGAGAGAGAGUGGCUUUGCCCGGUACCUGCACUCCGCUGUGCUGCUCAGCGGCUCCAUGCUGGUGUUUGGAGGGAAUACACAUAACGACACGUCACUCAGCAAUGGAGCCAAGUGCUUCUCCGCCGACUUCCUGGCCUACGACGUCGCCUGUGACGACUGGAAAGUCCUGCCAAAGCCCAACCUCCACCGGGACGUGAACCGCUUCGGUCACACGGCCGUUGUCAGCAAUGGCUCCAUGUAUGUGUUUGGGGGUUUCUCCAGCAUCCUGCUCAAUGACAUCCUGGUGUACAAGCCCCCCAGCUGCGAGGCCUUUCGGCAGGAAGAGGCCUGUCUGAGCGCCGGGCCCGGCCUCCGCUGCGUGUGGACCAAGGGCCGCUGCGUGCCCUGGGAUCUCGCCCACACUAACGGCACCAUCCCAACCACCUCCUGUCCCAUUCAGCCUGCGACAGUAGACGAGCAAUGCUACCGCUUCUCGGACUGUGCCAGCUGCACCGCCAACACUAACGGCUGCCAGUGGUGUGAUGACAAGAAGUGCCUGUCUGCUUCCAGCAACUGCAGUGUGGCGGUGAGGAAUUUCUCCAGGUGCCAAGUGAGGAACGAGCAGACCUGCAGCAAGUUGGCCAACUGCAAGAGCUGCUCCCUUAACCUGAACUGCCAGUGGGACCAUCAGCAGCAAGAGUGUCAUAUUGUCCCAGCUCACCUCUGUGGUGAUGGGUGGAGCCACGUGGGCGAAGCGUGCCUGCGCAUCAACUCCAGCCGUGAGAGCUACGACAACGCACAGCACUACUGCAAGAAUCUGGAGGGCAACAUCGCCUCCCUCACCACCUCCAAGCAGGUGGACUUCGUGCUGGAGGAGCUGCAGAAGUACCAGCUGCAGGAGAAGUGUGACCGCGCUGUCUCGACGGGCAGUGUGACCGCGCUGUCUCGACGGGCAGUGGUGAGCUUUCUGCCCCGACCUGCUCUUCUUUCUCCUGGUCACAUGGUGUGGUUCUUUUCUGCCCCCUCCCCCCUCACAGUGAGCCCAAACCAGAAUGCCCGGCCUUGCAAGAUGCCUUGCUCCCUGCGCACCAGCUGCACCAACUGCACCAGCCAAGCCACAGAGUGCAUGUGGUGUUCCAGCACCAAGCGCUGCGUGGACUCCAACGCCUACGUCAUCUCCUUCCCCUACGGCCAGUGCCUGGAGUGGCAGACCGGGGACUGCCUGUCCCAGAACUGCUCAGGGCUUCGCACCUGCAGCCUGUGUCUGGAGCAGCCGGCUUGUGGCUGGUGUGGCGACCCCAGCCAUACAGGGCGGGGCCAGUGUAUGGAGGGUUCAUACAGGGGCCCCGUUAAGAGCCCGUCCAGGCAGAGCCAGGAGAUGGUGCUGGAGCCUGGUCUGUGUCCCCGAGACAGGGGCUACGACUGGGCCUUUAUCAACUGCCCUGCAUGCCAGUGCAAUGGGCACAGCACAUGCGUGAACAGCAGCGUGUGUGAGCAGUGCCGCAACCUGACCACAGGGCCCCAAUGCCAGACCUGCAUGCCUGGUUACUACGGCGACCCAACCAACGGCGGCAAGUGCCAAGCCUGCAAAUGUAAUGGCCACGCCAAUGUGUGCCAGGUGCUGACUGGGAAGUGUUACUGCACCACCAAAGGAAUUAAAGGGGACCAGUGCCAGCUUUGUGACUCUGAGAACCGUUACCUUGGCAACCCUCUGAGGGGAACCUGCUACUAUAACCUGCUCAUUGACUACCAGUUCACCUUCAGUCUUCUCCAGGAGGAUGACCACCACUACACUGCCAUUAACUUCAUGGCCACACCUGAGCAGACCAACAAGAACUUGGACAUGUCCAUCAACGCGUCCAACAACUUCAACCUCAACAUCACCUGGUCCGUGGGCUCCACAGCUGGGACCAUCUCAGGGGAGGAGGUAGCCAUUGUGUCCAAGACGAACAUCAAGGACUACAGAGACAGCUUCUCCUGUGACAAGUUCAGCUUUCGCACUAACCCGAACAUCACCUUUUACGUCUAUGUCAGUAACUUCUCAUGGCCUAUCAAGAUCCAGGUGAGAAACACCGUUCUGCUGCAUAUGUGCGCAGCACAGAGAGACAUGCAGGCCUGUUUUCAUCUUGCAGGUUUCUGGGCUCUGAUCUGCUGCAUACAGGCGCAGCACAGAGAGACAU